AUGUCAGCCGAGAUGGCCAAGUUCGACGAAGAGUACGGCACCUUGAUCGAAGGCACGCUCGAGUUGUUCAAGAACGCGGACGGCGACGAGCCCAUCGACUGGGACGAGAAGAAGCGUCUUUGGAACGGUCCCGAGGUCAAGAUCAUGCAUCGGACGAUCGAGGGCGUCGAGGAGCUGAACAAGAGGUCCAAGGUCGUUGUUGAUCACGCGAGGGAUCAUUUGAGGGGUGCGUUUGGCGCGCCGCUUUGGCAUCGCGUUCCUUCGGAAGCGUGUCUUGAGAUAGAUAUUUGAUACUGACUUACCAUGCGCCAAAUCGCAGCCCUCGCACGCGAACAAGAACGACUUCGCAUCGCGGCCUCGCGGCCUGCGGGAGUUCCCUCGGCCGAAGAGCACGUCCGGCUGAUGGAGCAGAACCGCCAACAGCUCUUCACGGGCUACAAAAAGAACAGCGAGCUCGAGCAGAACGUCGCGAGGCUGCAGGCCGAGUUGGCCAGGUUGCAGCAAGAGUUGAGGGACGAGGAUGCCGAUGUCGUGCAUGUUUCGGAACUCAAUUCGGAAGUGUGAGUUGGGAUGACGAACCUUUCUUUGAGGAGCGCGAUCGAGACUCGCUUGGGAUCGGUGCUUACUUUGAUGGAUCUUCACAUAGCCUUCGCCUUUCUCUGUACCGGAAUCUCGGGUUCAUGCCCAAGGAACAGGACGGUGCCGUACGAGCUGUCAUCGUCAGUGAGUGCAGUCGCGUGGCUGGGAAAGCGUUCAACCCGGAAAGCAAACCAAAUCGCGUGCUGACCUUUCGACGUCUUGGAACAGAAUCUCAAGCGAGCGACAAGGUGCGCACAGUGCAACUCGAUGCGGAAUCGUCGGAUUUCGCGUGGUCCAACACGCUGUGGAAUGGAUUGGUCGCCUGA